AAUAAGUGAAGUUGAGAUCCAGGCGGCAUGGCACAUAUUAGUCGUGGCAUCCUGCAUGCUAUGCCGUAACGAGAUUACGGUAGAGCUGUAAUCUAUUUAGACGCUGGGCCUUGGACACUUACAAAUUGUGGUUUGACGCAGUCCUUACGUUCUUUGCGUAGCUCAAAGACGCAACACAAACAGAUAAAGUUGACGAUAAAGUGCUAGAUUAUAUCCCAGGAUUAUUUAUUGAAGAUUGGUGAGGUUUGGAAAAUGCGGAUUAGUGUGCAGAACAAUUUUAGACGGGUUGGACUAAGUGCAAGUCUUGCGUUAACGAUACUUGUUUUCUUCUACGUUAUUAAAGAAACGGAAUCUGCGAGAGGAAAUUAUGUCAAGAAGUUAAUCGAUGACUUAUUCCUGACUUAUAACAAAGAUAUUCGUCCAGUCAACAACACGGAAGAAGCGGUUUCAGUAAAUUUCACUGUGUUCUUGUUCCAGAUAUUAGAACUUGAUGAACGAAAUCAGAUUCUUACUGCAUAUCUUUGGUUACGUCAGGAAUGGGUGGACGCAAACCUGUACUGGAAUCCAAAGAAAUACGAUGGAUUGGAAGAAAUUCGACUUCCAUCAAAAAGGAUAUGGCUUCCGGACAUUGUUCUUUAUAACAAUGCCGACGGUACAUUUCCAAAAAAUCUACAAACCAACGUCGUACUGACAUCGAAGGGCGAAAUUAGAUGGGACCAACCUGCAAUCACUAAAACAUCAUGCAAAAUGGAUGUUUCGUUUUUCCCGUUUGAUUCUCAGUCGUGCAUUUUUACUUUUGGAUCGUGGACUUUCUACCUGGAACAUUUGGACGUAAUUCCAACACAAGCGCAGGGAAACAGAGACGACUUUGUGACCAAUGUAGAAUGGCAAGUAGUUGAUAUGCCGGUAAAACGCGUAGUGGAAGAAUACUCAUGCUGUCCAGAUCCUUAUCCUAUUGUAGAAAUCACUCUCGGAUUGAAACGAAAAUCAACAUUUUAUAUUUUCAACUUGUUGCUUCCGUGCAUUUUCAUCUCCAUUCUUCUGCCUUUAACGUUCUAUCUUCCCGCUGAAUCUGGGGAAAAAGUUUCGCUCGGAAUCACAACUUUAUUGGCGAUGACUGUAUUCCAACUUUUGGUAGCGGAGAGCAUGCCUCCAUCGGAAGCAGUGCCUUUGAUAGGAAAAUAUUACAUCACGACAAUGGCUCUGAUGUCCUUCAGUACAGCUACAACCAUAUUUGUCCAAAAUAUUCAUUUUUGUGGUCCUAACCCUCCACCAGUUCCAGGCUGGAUGAGAAAAUAUAUUCUACAUUAUCUUGCUGGACUUCUCAAUAUCAAAAUACAUCAUAAACCACCAGAGCCACUGAGUGAUGCCUGUGAGUCCAAUGAGUCUCUUGCUGGUCAAAAAUCUAAAUUUCAUCACAAAAGCAGCACUAAACGUGAAAAAGUUGAACCGAAACCGAUCACACACGAUGAAGUGACUCCAUUUUUGACCAAUUCAAGACAGAAUCGUCACAUUUUGUCACCUGAAAGUGCACAAGAAAAAGAUGGUGUUUAUAGAAAACCAAAUGGUAAUUGUUUGAGAUAUACACAGAGUGUGAGAAGUUUUGCCACUACUCCAAUAAUAAGUGCGCCGGAACCUAUUGCCCAUGAAUUGACAAAAGAAUCCGAGGUCAACAUAUCUCAGUAUCAAUUUCAGAAACUAAAAGCAGACGCUCGUAGUAGUUGGCCCACAUUGUCACCGGAGUGUAUUGCCACACAGCCUCCGAUAGACCCGCCUGACUAUUUUGGAACUACAUUGCCACGCCCACCUUCAAUUUCAACGACCUAUCAACGACGGCCUUCACUCAAACGAAUCACAUCUCAACAAGUAAUGAGAUCCACUAUGCGUUCAUCUACUUCUACUCCAAUACCAUCUAACCCUCUAGAAAGUGCGAGUUUACGACGACAGAAUUUAGUUCAAAUGAAUGCGAUGACAAAAACAGCCGACUUUUCCGACGAUACAGAAGUAUCAGUGGUAACACCAGCGUGUAGCGAAUCUCCAAAGCGCCAUUCUUCCCCGGGACAAUAUCAUCGCAAACACUCUUCGCCUCAUGAGAUAACAGAUUCAGAAAAGACAUGGAAAGGACAAAACCCUAUACUUGGGCUUGGAUUCAGCUCGUACACUAUAAAUCAUCCACCACGAGAUCGAGAAAGGCGAAAAAGUUACGAGUUUCCUCCACAUUCCGAAUAUGGUUCGAGCACGAAAAUUUGUAGAAAUGGAUCAAAGAGGAGACCAAGCCGUGAAAUUUCAUCUCAAUUGAGCAGAAGGAGAUCAAGAAGUCAUUCACCCGGAAAUCCUCUUGAGAGUGAAUCAAAGCAAGCCGUUGUGUUCCAAAAUCACAGUACACAGACACCAUCUAGUGAUGAAAGUUCAUAUUUCCAUGACGACGCAAAAUUACGCAAAUCAAUUUCUAAAAACAUUUCAACUAUUGCGGAUCAUUUUCGAAGGCAACGAAAAGUUGUGGACAAUAUGGACGAGUGGAAAAAUGUUUCUCGCGUAUGUGAUCGAGCUCUUAUGUGGGUUUUUGUGAUGAUUCAAGUCCUUUUCAGCACUUUAAUUUUGUGCAAAAUAUUGUGAGAAAUAUUCUAACAUUUAUCGAAAGAAAUUCAUGUUCAAAGAAAAGAUAAUUGAUAACUAAUUGAGUAAAAAGGGGACUCUAGUAGUAUGUGUACCAGAUUAGGGUUAGGUCAUAAUUUUAUUUCGAUUUUCCCUAUUUUAGUAUUAUUACGAGUACGGGGACUGUCUGUAUUGGCCAAUUGAA